CCGAGAAGGAAAGCGCGAAUUAAAGCAGCACGGGCAACACGCCGAGCAAAACAGCGAAAUCCUCAAAUCCCCACCCCGGCUGGUGACGGCGCCGCCCCCGCUGCUGCCUGCGGUCCUGCUUCUGCUAAUAGUAAUAGGUAUUCAGAUUCGAGCAGAGCACUCCCGUGCUGCAGGCAAGGGAGGACGCACCACCAUGGAUUGGGAUGCUCCGGCAUUGACGAGCUUCGUCGCCGACUUGUCCUUCCGCCACCUCUGCUGCUACGGGGCCGGAAUCGCAGGGAACGCCUUCGCCUUCGUGCUCUUCGUCUCCCCGCUCCCCACAUUCAAGAGGAUCGUCCGCAACGGAUCCACGGAGCAGUUCUCGUGCACGCCGUACAUCUACUCGCUGCUCAACUGCCUCAUCUGCAUGUGGUACGGCCUCCCCUUCGUCUCCUACGGCGUCGUCCUCGUCGCCACCGUCAACUCCAUCGGCGCCGUGUUCCAGCUCGCCUACACCGCCGUGUUCAUCGCCUUCGCCGACGCCAAGCAGAGGCUCAAGGUCUCUGCUCUCCUGGCCGCUGUCUUCCUGGUGUUCGGACUGAUUGUGUUUGUUAGUCUGGCUUUGUUGGAUCACAAAGCCCGGCAGGUGUUCGUCGGAUAUCUCAGCGUCGCGUCCCUCGUAUGCAUGUUCGCGUCCCCCAUGUCAAUCGUCAAUCUGGUCAUCCGGACGAAGAGCGUGGAAUACAUGCCCUUCUACUUGUCAUUAUCCAUGUUUCUGAUGAGUGCAUCCUUCGUCAUAUACGGAGUGCUGCUUGGUGAUGGCUUCAUAUAUAUUCCAAAUGGCAUUGGAACCAUAUUGGGUAUCGUACAGUUGCUGCUGUAUGCCUACAUCAGAAAGGGAUCAAGCGAGGAAGCCAAGCUGCCCUUACUAAUCACACAUACAUGAGCAUGCCAAAAGGGAAAAAAAACAAGGUUCGCUGAUAGGCUUUCCCGAAAUCCUGUCUCUGGUCAAACUUCCAGGUCGAUGUACUUGUCCGAAUUGUUUUGCUCCUGUGAAAAAAGCAUGCCGUUCUUUCGUUUUGUUUACACGCGACGGGGAUCGUAGUUUCGCUGUAUAUUCCAUGGUAGAUGCUCCAAGUUGUUGCUGGAGUCAUUCGUUUAUGAGUGAGCGAAGCUUUGUAUAUAAUAUAGUAGUAGUAAUGUGGUUCCGUGAACUUCAUCAACAGAGAGGACCAGCUGUAUACACAAAGAAAAGCAAUAAAAGGAUGUUACUAUAUCAUUAUCAAUAAAUAAAGUUUUGUUUCGCC